GAGGAGGGACUUGCAGCCCUUUUCUGGUGCUGCCGAGGCGGCGGGCGGCAGAGGGAGGGCAGCCCGGCCGCGCACCCGCUGCUCGGGGGAUGCGAGGCGACCCCCGCGCACCAUGGCCGGGCUCCUGCCGCUGCUGCUGCUCCUGCUGCCGGCGGGACCCGCCUGGGGCUCCAAGGACAAGUGCUUCACCAAGAUGUACACGACGAGCGGGGAGUGCUGCAAAGCCUGCAACCUGGGCGAGGGGGUGGUGCAGCCCUGCGGGGUCAACCAGACCGUCUGCGAGCCCUGCCUGGACAGCGUGACCUACUCGGACACGGUGAGCGCCACGGAGCCGUGCAAGCCGUGCACGCAGUGCGUGGGGCUGCAGAGCAUGUCGGCGCCCUGCGUGGAGUCGGACGACGCCGUGUGCCGCUGCGCCUACGGCUACUACCAGGACGAGCUGAGCGGGAGCUGCAAGGAGUGCCGGGUCUGCGAGGUGGGCUUCGGCCUCAUGUUCCCCUGCAGGGACUCGCAGGACACGGUGUGCGAGGAGUGCCCCGAGGGCACCUUCUCCGAUGAGGCCAACUUCGUGGACCCCUGCCUGCCCUGCACCAUCUGCGAGGAGAACGAGGUGAUGGUGAAGGAGUGCACGGCCACCUCCGACGCCGAAUGCAGAGACCUCCACCCUCGCUGGACAACACACACCCCAUCCCUGGCGGGCUCCGAGAGCCCCGAACCCGUCACCAGGGACCCCUUCAACACCGAGGCCAUGGCCAGCACCCUGGCAGACACCGGCACCACCGUCAUGGGCAGCUCGCAGCCCGUCGUGAGCCGCGGCACCGCCGACAACCUCAUCCCCGUCUACUGCUCCAUCCUGGCGGCCGUGGUGGUGGGGCUGGUGGCUUACAUCGCCUUCAAAAGGUGGAACAGCUGCAAGCAGAACAAGCAAGGGGCCAACAACCGCCCGGUGAACCAGACGCCCUCCCCGGAGGGGGAGAAGCUGCACAGCGACAGCGGCAUCUCGGUGGACAGCCAGAGCCUGCACGACCAGCAGCCAAACAGCCAGGGCACGCAGGGGCCAGCCCCCAAGGGAGACGGGAGCCUGUACGCCAACCUGCCGCCGGGCAAGCAGGAGGAGGUGGAGAAGCUGCUGAGCAGCUCGGCCGAGGAGACGUGGAGGCAGCUGGCCGGGGAGCUGGGCUACAAAGAGGACCUCAUUGACUCCUUCACGCGGGAGGAAUCGCCCGCCCGCGCCCUCCUGGCCGACUGGUCCUCCAAGGAGACGGCCACCCUCGACGCCCUCCUGGUGGCCCUGCGAAAGAUCCAGCGCGGGGACAUCGCCGAGAGCUUGUACAGCGAGUCCACCGCCACCUCGCCCGUCUGAAGGGCGGCCCGGGGGGGAGAGGCACUGCCGGGGGCCCCGUGUCCGGCCACCCCCUCGCCUCUCCCCUCCCUGGCACCGAGACCCCUGGAGAGGAGGGUGGGAAGGAAGCGAGGGCUCCCCGGGCCCCCCAGUUUUACGGCCCUCUAUGCACUGAGCUCCUGGUUUCAGUAUCGCCCCCUCCCACCGCCGACCCCCCCCGGCAGCCCCUGACCCAGCCGGGCUCUGUCCCACUCCUCGCCUGCUGCCGGAGCAUCCUUGAGGGCAGCUGGGCGAGCGCAGGGACGAGCACCACUCUCAGGUCUCUCCUCUUCUCUCUUCUUCCAGCCCCUUCCCUGUCCUCCUCGGGGCUCUGGGUCUCUCCCUCCUGCCCUUUCUCCUCGCCCCAUGCUGCUGUUCUCUUCCUCUCCCCUCCACCGCCCUGAAAUUCCUCCUCUUCCCCCAAACCGCGAGCAAAGGGCAGGGCUGGGAUGGGCACAGCGAAGCGGAGCCGCUGCUGCGGGAUUUGGGGAGGGGGCUGGUCCCUUAGCUGGGCUGUGCAACUGGGGGGUGGGCUGGGGGAAAGGACUUGGCUUCCAGCAGCCCAACCUACACUGUGAAAUUUGGGGUGCGCUCCCUGGGGCCGGCAGCUUUUGGCCUGGGUGGGGAGCAGCCACCAAAUGCUGGGGACAGCCCCAAAAGGGGAGCAGGUGUCCGGGUGCCACCACCCUUGCACCAGUGCCAGGGGUGCUGGAGCUCCACAGGGGGGGACCCCAAAAGUCUAAAGGGCUGACAAAAGUGCCUGCCUGCAGCGGGAACACGACAAAAGGGCUUUGCUCAUCCUCCCCUCGGCACGAAUCCUGGCAUCCCCGCGCUGCACACCCCAGGAGCAAAGCCACCCUGGUGCGAUUGCACUGUCCCCUUGCACAGGGCUGGCAAUCGGGGGGGGGACAGCUCCUCCUCAAGACCCCAUACUGGGCCUGUACCUGCCCCGGACUGGUGGCACUGGGGUCCCAACCCUUCUAGCUCACACAUCAACCCCCCCCUCCUGGCACUCAGUGAGGCUGCAGAAGGAGCAGCUGCCAGGUGAGCACCCAGGGCUCCUUUUGAGCUGCCGCCGGCCAGCACAGCCCUGGAGGAUGUCCCCCAAAACGGGGCAGCUUUGCCACCUCCCUCGCCUGGAGGUUUUUUUUGCAGAGCAAGGACUGCAAGGUGAGCUCACGCCACGCAGGAGCCGGGUACGGCUGAGCCUCCAGCCUUCCCCUUUAGCCUCCUGCUUCAGCCAGAAACCUCACCGAGCGCAGGAGGAGAUUUUCCUUCCCUCUUCAAGGAGCUAAGCAAGACUUGUAAAUAAUUCCGCCUUGUUUUACUAAUGCUCGAUGUUUCUACGUGUGAUGGGGUGAUGGUGCCCGCCCCAACCCCUCUGCUCGGCCACCCCGGGCUGCUCGCUCCUGGCUUCCCACCUGCAGGCUGAGCUUUCCUCUUCUUGCAGCCCCUUCCUCGUUCCCACCUCGCCUCUGGCCUUAAAGACUUGAUGGAGAAGUGGGGAAACGCGCGCGUGCUCGCUCCAAAAACCACCGCAGCGGGUCCGCGAGGAGCUUGGGGACACCGAGGGGUUUGGCUGGUCCUGGUGGAGAGCUCGGUGCCCUGCAGCCUGUUUCUGCCUGAAGAUCAGGAGGUAAUGCUGGACUGUGGGGGUGACGGAGCACUGGAACUGGGCUCCAUCCUUGGAGAGCUCCAAAAGCCGCCUGGACACGGUCCUGGGUGCCCUGCUCCGGGUGGUCCUGCUGGAGCAGGGCUUGGAGAGAUGGGCCCAGAGGUCCCUGCCCAAUUCACCCAUUCUGGGAUCCCGCGAGGGGGCCUGGAGCCAACAUUGGUGGAAACUCAACACCCGAUCCCAUAAAAGCUUUUGGAAACUUUGCUCCCUGGGUUUUGGAAGAUAAAAAUGCCCGGGCUGCGUUUGGAUCAGGCUGGGAUGUCGAGCACCUCCUGCCCUGGCGCGAAGCAGCUGUGCACCAAGAGCACUGAAAUCCAAGGAAAACACCCCAAAUUUGACUCUGGCUUGCAAGCCCCCAGCUGGGGGUGCCAGCUCCUUCCAGACCGAGCCAUCCCCAGGGAUGCUUUGGGAUGAACUCAAGUGUUGGUUACCGUGAUGUGGUUUCCCUCGGUCCCUUCUUUUGGUGAAGCGACUCGAAGCGAGCGCCCGUGCUGGGUUCUGCCAACUCCUCCUCAAAAACCUGCCCGGGUGAGCCUGGCUGAGCCACCCGGGAUGCACCGUGCCAGAUGCAAAUCGCUUUUCUUCAGGACAAUAUCGCCAUGGUCUCAGGUUUCUAUUGCCAUAGCAAGGGGUCCUUUCCUCGCCCUUCGACCGAGCCUUGCGGCUGAGGAAACGGAGACAAACUCAGCAUCCAAAGAGAAGCCGCGGGACGCCUCAAAUCCCUGGUUGCAGGAAAACUAAUAAUAAUAAUAACUUAAAAAAAAAAAAAAAAAAGGAGGGAAAACAAGCCAAAGUUAAUGCUCGUCGGUACGUUUUGUGUCCUUUUCUAAUGUUUCUGUUGUACAAAGACCGUGUGUUUUCUCCACUUGUUCCCCCACUCCCCCUGUGAUACCAACGCCGAUUUAUUAGAGGUUUGUGGUGAAGGAUUUGCCGUUGUAGAAGGAGUUUGUGGGGGUGCCGGGAGGGGUGCGAGCAGCAUGAGGUGGGAGGGAUCCUGCACGGGGGCUGGCGGGGCGCGGGGCCGGCUCGGUGGGUAGCUAUCCUUGUGUAUCGGUCGGAUGCCAAUAAAGAGCAUCACAGCGUC